AUGUAUGGAGAGCAUGUGUUGUUGAGCGGGAUAUCCAAUUGUGAAUUAAUUGCUGCCGGUACAAGCACGGCGGUUAAAAACAAUUUUGGCAGGAACUGCUGGUACCGACAUGAUGGGACCAUAAUUGGACGCGACGUGACACAAUAUUUCUGUUCCAAGGUUUGCAAUGGCAAAGAUUCAUUGCCAGUUGAUCUUCCUAAGCCUGUUGAGAAUGAAAAACAUGGGGAAGUUGAACAUGCAAAUGUCAAUCCGCUCAGUGUGCACCCACUGCCCUUGACCAGGACUUCUGACGUACUUCCAGAAUCCUCAAAUGGUUCCGACUCUCUUAAGGAAGAGAAAAACCAAUACUAUCCAGGUAAGGAGAUUAAGCGCAGAAAGCGACAUAGAAGAAAGCAGUAUGUGGACCAAGAGCCAUGCAUAAUGAGAGGGGUCUACUUCAAAAAUAUGAAAUGGCAAGCUGCUAUAAAAGUUGACAAGAAACAAAUUCACUUGGGUACUGUUGGAACACAGGAUGAGGCAGCCCGGCUAUAUGAUAGGGCUGCUUUUAUGUGUGGAAGAGAGCCCAAUUUUGAACUUUCUGAGGAAGAGAAAAACGAACUGGUUAAGUACACAUGGGACGAUUUCCUGGCAAUAACACGCAACACCAUAACCAGCAAAAAACAAAGAAAGGUUGGGUCGCGAAGGCAUAAUAAGGCAGACUUGUUCAUAGGAGAUACUGAGAUGGUCAAUGGUGGCGGGUCUUCGAACUCAGAUGAUGGAGAUGUUGACACAUCGGUAUCCUAG